CGGCAAAUAAAACCGCAUCGCGCAUGCGUCUACCGCAUUUGGUUACCAAACGUCGCCCAGUGCAGUCGUGAAAUACACGCGUCGCAGUUAUUUUGAGUUACACACAGUUCAGUGCAUAAUUAUUUUAUUUUUUAAUUCGUUAGUGUUAAUUUUAUAGUGAAAAAGAAUGGUUCGUGUAUGCGUUAUUGGAGCUGGUGCAGCGGGUUUGUGCGCUGCUCGCCACCUCCUAGUAGAGCCAUGUGUCAGCCAGCUGGAUAUCCUGGAGCAAGCCCCUCAGCUCGGCGGUACCUGGGUCUACACUGAGAAUGUGGGAUACGAUGACUUUGGCCUUCCAAUUCACACCAGCAUGUACAAAAGUUUAAGGACAAACCUUCCUAAAGAAAUUAUGGGUUUCCCGGACUUCCCAGUUCCGGAAAGCGACAAGUCUUACCUGCCCGCUAAGGACAUGCUGGCAUUCCUCAAAUUAUACGCCGACAAACAUGGUGUCACGGAGAAAAUCAAGUUCCGUCACCACGUGCAACUAGUAAUACCAAAACAAACUCCUUCAGGAGAGCUGUGGGAUGUCACUUACAAGAACUUGACCAAUGGAGCCAUCGAGACCAAGGAGUACGACUACAUCUUCGUCUGCAAUGGACAUUAUAAUACGCCAUUUAUACCGCAAAUACCAGGACUUAAGGAAUUUAAAGGUGACGUAAUGCACAGCCACGACUAUCGAGUGCCAGAAGUGUUUGCUGGCAAACGGGUCCUAACCAUCGGCGCUGGUCCAUCAGGCAUGGACAUCGCCCUAGAAUUAACGGAUGUAUCGAAGAAAGUAAUCCUGAGUCACCACUUGAAGGAACAACCUCGCACUGAGUUUCCUGAUAAUUUGCAACAGAAACCUGAUGUGGAACGCCUUGAAGGGAAUAAGGUGUACUUCCUCGAUGGCAGCGAAGAUGAAGUUGAUGUCGUUUUCUUGUGUACCGGGUACAUGUACAACUUCCCGUUCCUGCACAAAUCCUGCGACAUCGUGGUGGAGGAGAACUGCGUGGAGCCCCUGUACAAGCACGUGGUCAACAUGAAACACCCCAGCAUGUGCUUCAUCGGAGUGCCCUACUACGUGUGCGCCUUCUCCAUGUUCGAUCUACAGGUCCGGUACUACGUCCGCUCAAUGAAUGGCACCUUCAGUCUACCUACUCCUGAGCAGAUGGCCGAGCACUGGGAGGAGGAGAAACGCGACCGGGCCGCGAGGGGCUUCACUAGACGACAGGCGCAUAUGAUGGGACCUGAUCAGGCCGACUACUACGUGUCGUUGGCAGAGGAGUCCGGCACGGUCCCUCUGCCGCCAGUCUUCACGAAGGUACACAAUGACAGCAGCCAGAAAUUCCUCGAUAACCUCACCAACUAUAGGAACGAUGUGUACUGCAUCUUGGAUGACGAUCACUUCAUUUGUUAUUGACAACACUUUUUAUAUAAACCAUAUUUUAUUUUAUAAUCGCUUCUUUUAGUAGGGAGGUACAAUAUUAUAAACUGCUUUAACUUUAUCUUUAAAUAUAAUGUAAUUUAGUUUACAUAUUUUAGUCAAUCGUUCUAAGUCUCCGUUUAUUCUAAACUUUAUAUACUCACUUAGCUAUAACUUUACAUAGGCAUACUUAAUUCUUAAAAUAUAAUCGAGAUUAUCUACAAAAUAUGAGAUUCAAUGCAAUAAAUGUUUACAGGA